AUGCCUGAACCAGUUGGUAUUGCAAAUUUGCCUAAUCAAAGGUAUAAAAUCAUUUCCAAAGAGGGUGCCACAUUCACCAUUAUGGUGGCAGGUGAAAGUGGUCUAGGAAAAACUACUUUUAUCAAUACUCUUUUCCAAACCUCAUUGAAACCACAUCAAGAGCCAAGUCAUAGACACAAUAAGUUCACUUCUCCCCACCAAACUGUUGAAAUUGACAUAGUUAGAGCUAUAUUGGAAGAAAAGAAUUUUGAAAUUAGAUUGAAUAUAAUUGAUACACCUGGGUUCGGUAACAAUGUUGACAAUCAUGAUUCCUGGGUCCCAAUCAUUGAUUUUAUUGAUGAUCAACACGAAUCUUAUAUGAAACAAGAACAGCAGCCUUCAAGAACUGCCAAAAAGGAUUUGAGAGUUCAUGCUUGUCUUUAUUUCAUUAGACCUACAGGGCAUUCUUUGAAACCUUUGGAUAUUGAAAUCAUGAAGAGAUUGUCCACCAGAGUUAAUCUUAUCCCAGUUAUUGCCAAAGCCGACACUUUGUCGCCACAAGAAUUGGAUAUUUUUAAAACUAGAAUAAGAGAAAUCAUUGAAGCUCAAGACAUUAGUAUUUACACUCCACCAUUAGAGUUGGAUGACCCUGCUAGUGCUGAACACGCAAAACAAUUGAUUGAAUCAAUGCCAUUUGCUAUUAUUGGGUCGGAAGAAGAAGUGGAAGUUGGCCCUGGUCAAUUUGUAAGAGGUAGAAAGUAUCCAUGGGGUGUAGUUGAAGUUGAAAAUGAUCAACACUGUGACUUCAAAAAGUUGAGGAGUUUACUAUUAAGAACAAAUAUGUUAGAUUUGGUGUUAUCUACCAAUGAAUUACAUUUCGAGACUUUUAGAUCUGUUAAGUUGGGUGGCGAUGAACAAGAGAAUGGUGAAGAGAAUGGUACUGAAGAAUUAACUAAUGAAAAGGGUGAAGUUAUUAAGAAACCAUCUGGUUCAAAGAAACCAAGAAGAUUGCACAAUCCGAAAUUCAAGGAGGAAGAGGAUGCGUUGAAGAAGUUCUUUACUGAGCAAGUUAAAGCUGAGGAGCAUAGAUUCAGACAAUGGGAGACCAAUAUUAUUAAUGAAAGAAAUAGAUUGAAUCAGGAUUUGGAAGAAAUGCAAUCGAAGUUGAAAUCCUUAGAAGAACAAGUUAAGAGGUUGCAAAUUGCUAAACGUUGA